AUGAGUUUGGCUGGGUGCGCCAAACUCUGCAACAACACCCCAGACUGCGAGGGUUUCAGCCAUCACAGCACCUACAAGAGGUGCCAAAUCCACACCAAAGAGGGCGAGGAAGCCAACCUUAAUGACAAGUGGACCACGUACGAACGGACGUCGCCUGCAGACUCGGCCAGCACGCGGGGAGCGCGCUACCUGUUUGACCUUCCGAGUCCGAGCGCAGCGGUGUCGAAUGAGGCAGCGAAGUCUCCCCUCAGGAGGCGUCGCCAGGCGGGUCAUAUGAAGUUCCCUGCUCGAACUGGCGGCUCUCACAGCGGCGUGCCCUCCACGCGCUCGCUGGCCUGUGGCGGUCAGCCGGUCUUCUACAUGCCGCCCAAGAAGCUGGUGGCGACGACGCGUAUUGUAGGCGGAAGCGAAGUGCCGUACGGUGCCUUCCCAUGGCAGGCGGAAAUCAAAGUUCUGCAGAAUGGCUACCGAACUCAUCACUGCGGCGGCGCAGUCAUCUCACCACAGUACAUUCUCACCGCAGCCCACUGCGUCGUCUCUCACAACAUUGACGAGUACAUGGUCAUCCUCGGCGACCAUGACCUGGACGACCUGGAUCCCAUGGAGACCACGUUCUUUGUCGACAAGAUCAUCGUACAUCCUGGGUACAACAGAGAGACGAAGAAGCACGACAUUGCGCUUCUGAAGCUGGAUCCGAAACUACGCAAACAGACCACCUACAACGAAAAGACCCGGCCCGUCUGCCUGCCGGAGAUCACCGUGCCCCGUCCCGGAACGGAAUGUGUCGUCACUGGCUGGGGCCUCAUGAACCCCAACGAUGACGCCAGUCUGUCCACCUCGCUGCGGGCGGCCAUGGUGAGCAUCAUCGCCGAGAAGGACUGCUCCUCAGCCUCGGUGUACGGCAACAAGAAACACUUUUACUCGGAAGGCAUGAUGUGCGCCGGGUACCUGCGUGGCGGUGUGGAUGCGUGCAAGGGGGACAGUGGAGGACCGCUGGCCUGCAAGAUAAAUGGUCGGUUCCAGCUAGUGGGCGUGGUUUCGUGGGGCGAUUCCUGCGCGGAAGCCAACAAACCCGGCGUCUACACCCGUGUCUCUCAGUAUAUCGACUGGAUCAACAGCAACAUGCGGUAGACGUGACGUCAUCUUCCGCUGCCUGUCGCAACGACGCAACGCCCGCCAUCUUGUUUAGACGUCGCAAGUGGCCGAUGCAGGAAACAUCUCACGAUCCUUCGAGGCCCGACCGAAGAGGCUUGUCAACUCGACCCGCAAGGACACCCCUCCUCCACGAGAAUCGUGCUGCGUCAUGUAAUCGUCACCUGACGUCACAACACGUGCAUCUAAUCAGCAUUCAUUCACUUCGACGUCCUCGCUACAGGGCUCGAUUCAUUGUCUCUCAGCCAGUAUCAUUGUCAGGAAAAAGUUCAUCGUUGACCGCACCGCACCCGAGUGGCUACGAACACAGAAAAAGCGCGAGACCCUCGUAGCAUGCACCUGCUGUUCAAAUCUGAACUCCCGUCUCCGGAGUAAAUACCCGAGGCGAGAGAGCGAAGUAAGUGUCAACGGAAGCUUGAAAGGAUGCUUGGAGAGCAGCGAGAGCCGUGUGAGAAUGACCACGUGAUGUUCCUAGCCAAUAGGUUGACGCGGUAUUUAUUGU